AUGUCGGCAUUUUCUGCUUUGCAUUUAUUGAGAAGUUACAACCAUUUAUUUAUACCAGAGUUGUCCAGUUACGGUACAGUCCUACCUCUGAUUUGCCAACCAAAUUUACAAACCGACAACAAUUUCAACAUUAACCAGAAAUGCACAGAAUUCAGUCUACUAUCCCCCAGAGACAUUUUAGCAGAUAACCAGAAGAUAAAUUUGAAUCUAAAAACUGAUUCCUAUAUAAUUCCGCCGCUUGUACAGAGUUUGGAUUUUAAUAUCAACUUGGGCGACAGAUUAUCGAGUUCAAGGUCGUGUAAUUCCCUUCAAAGCCCCCAGACGCCUCGAACAAGAGGCGAAAAGAGACCCAUCCCUGAAGAACAGAAAGACGAAAGAUAUUUCGAGCGACGGAAGAGAAAUAAUAGAGCUGCUAAAAAAAGUAGGGAUGCCAGGAAGAUGAGGGAAGAUCAGAUAGCCCUAAGGGCAGCGAUUUUGGAGCAAGAAAACCGACUGCUCCGAGUCCAAUUAUUUCAAGCAAAACAAGAAUUGGCGAUGGCCAAGGAGCAGCUGACGCAGCAGCAAUUGUUCAGCCAUAAUCAUGAACAAACAAUUUAA